CACACACAUACAGCAAACCACAUGGAUCUCGUUAGAUAGGCUGUUAUUUGCAUUCUGUAACGCACCUUCAAAGGAUGCACAGUGGUCAGAGGGCAGGGAGGAAAGAAGCAGAGAAAGUUAGCGCAAGUUGGUGAGAGAUCAAAGCAGCCCUAAUUUACUCAAGCAGCGCUGCACUGUCUGGAGACGGAUUUCUGACCCUCUGCACUACGGGAUCGGACGGUGUCAGAAUGCGGUGGCUCCAUAUCCUUGUGGUACUGACCUUUCUGACAGAAGGUUGGGGCUGUCAGCUGCCCCACGACUGGAGACCGCAAAGUGAGCCGUGCCGGGCUGAACUGGCCGAAAUUAUCCUCUACGCAAAGGUGUUGGCUAUCUACAAGGACACUUACAGCGUGCAUAACUACCUCCCGUGGCAGUAUGACACAGACCUCUUCUAUUCUGCAGAAGUGGAGCUACUGUGUGACCAGGCCUGGGGCAGUAUGCUGGAAAUGCCAGCCGGAGCCAGGUUUAACUUGACUGGACUCGGUUACUUCCCCUGUCAUUCUUACACCGUCGUGGAGAACAACACCUACUAUUUCUUCGUGAGGCUGGAUGAAAGUUACAACAUUGUGCCACAUGGAAUCAAUUUCCAGGAUCCAAUUUUCCCUGACACCACUGAGAACAACCAAAUGUUUGCCAGUCUCUUCCAGUUCUCCAACUGUACCAGUGGUGUCCAUCAUCAUGUAUAUUCAGCUGAAUGGGAUCUGCAAGAGGACAAUCGGCUCCUGUGUUCAACUGUACAGAAAGCCCUUUAUGAGGAGGAAGAUCGGGUACGGAAACUCUCCCAGAAAGUGAGAUCCCUUGAGAAGGCUAACAAUCAUCUGCGCGAGAAGGUGAAGAGGAUUAAGCGUUCGCUUAGGCAGGUGAAAAAAGAGAGCAAAAGAGAGGCAAUGCUCAUGAAACAGCUCCUGCAGAAGCAGCAGAACAAGGAAAGAGGAGAGCUGAGUACAAAACAGGACACUGGCAAACCGAUCCUGCAGAAGUCUGUCAAGAAACCAGUCAACCAUAAACUGUAAUGUUCUUGAUUCACUGGUUGUAAUGGUCUGGAAGUCUGACUUGUAACACUUCCCUUGCCAAGUGUUGUAAUGCAACACCUAUAGAAGCUACCUACACGAUAAUAGUAUUGUAUAUAUGUGUGUGAUGCUUCCCUUGCUACACUAUGACAGUAUUGUAUAUAAGUGUUGUAUAAUUGCUGUAAUACUCUACAAUAUGUGUUGUAAAAUGCUUCCCUUGCCAAGUGGGAAUACAACACAUAAGGAAAUCUCCUACACUAUAACAGCUAUCUAUUCCCACUAGCUCUCUAGUGGAGUGAACUAGAAAUCACGAGUGUGUUGCUUGGCUUUUACAUUAACAUUAUAUUUCUUGGGCAAUUUAAGCUAUUUUUGGUAUUUAAUAAGAGUUCUAAUUGAAUUUAGAUAGAAGCAGGCAUGGGACCCAUUCACGGCAAUCUGGAAGAAACCGUUCUGCAGUUAUUACUAAAUUAACAGGACUCUUUAGAGAAUCAGUGAUUGGAUUGAAAACUGGACACUCUGUACCAGGGCAGUAAUUUAGUGAUAUUUUGAUUUAUUGCUUAGAGAAGCUAUACAGUGUCUUGUCUACACUUUAUUGAUCAACUAAGUGCUUAAUUCAGAUAUUUGGACUUAAAAGAAAAAGGCAAAACUAUCCUAUUCCUAGAACAGAAUCUCACACAAAGCAAAAAAAAAAUUCCAAAUAAAUUUAUAAUUCUAACAUGAUGGAAGCAGCUUUUGAAUAACUGAAGAGUAGAAAAGGCACAGAAUCAUUUUAAAUUCAAGUUUUAAAGCAUUCCAAUAACAAUUAAAAUGCAUAAAUUACAGAAAAUAGACAAUAGCAUAUCAUGUAAACUACUUUAAUUUUCUUGUGGUUCGUUGUAUAUUCUGUACUCAUUAAGAUUGUCAACUUUCAACUAAUCUGGAGAUGACACGACUUUAGCUGUAUAUUAUUACCUAUUAUACACCCUAUUAUAAAACUGAGACAAAAAUUAUCUUAUGACUAAUUGCUUUGGAAAACUCAUUCAAAGGCAAGAGGAUCUCUGGCAUUCAAGACUUCAUUGAUACUGAGAGAGAAAUUGCUAAUUACCAUGUUAAGUAAUUUGGUUCCACUUCAUUUAAAGACUGAAUCACCUCCGGCAGCAAACUAUUGCAUAAUGUUAAUGUCCAGACAUCCAGGACCACUUUUUAUUUGGACGCUGGUAAUGUUAUUAAUCACUUGUUCUUUUCAUCAACUGGAAUAGAUUGUGUGAACAUGGGAAUGUUGAAUCACAUCUGUAAACAGAAGAAAAUUUACCACACUGAUUAAACUCAGUAACUGGGGAUGAGUGAUAUUUGAAGAUGGAUACGCCUUUCCAAUUGUGUUAGGAAAAUUUUUGCACAAUUUUGCUCAGACUUAGAAUGAUGUCUAUCCAAUUGUUAAUGAGCAGUUCUUGCGGUUUGUGAUUUUGUGUGUUGAAAGUCCACUCUCUUCUAGGACAAAUUGAAUGGGAAAUAGCAGGAGGCUGUGGUACAACUUUAACUGUAAUGGGAUCAGAUGACAUUAAGAGUGGUCGGAUUCUCAUUCCUCAAGCCCUGUGCUCCUGGCAUCAUGAACUGGAUGAACCCUUUGUGGAGGGUGAGACCUGUCCUCAAGGGGACAGCCUAAAUGGAGUGUUUUGCUUUCUUCCAUUUCAUCUCUUGUGUACUCCACAACAUUCUGUUGAAGAGAGAUGUGCAGCAGGGCCAGGACAGGAAGGAGUGAGAAAUAGGGGAAUUAGGACUCCCCCAGUAAUCAUCCAAAUGAAUGUACACUUUGUGGCUACAGAUGUCCACAUACCUUCACAUUAUAACAUCGAGGAUGUGCUCCUCCAAAUGCUGACUAAAUUACCUUUGUUUGCUUCCUCUACUGAGAAAGCAUGUGGCCUUAGAUUCCAAAUAAGCUACCAUUCUUCAUAAGAAGUGAACUGCGUUUUGCAUCCUUCAAUAAUGUUGAAUCAACUAAUUCAUUUAUAUUCGUAAACACGAGGAAAUCUGCAGAUGCUGGAAAUCCAAGCAACACACACAAGAUGCUGGUGGAACACAGCAGGCCAGGCAGCAUCUAUAGGGAGAAGCGCUGUCGACAUUUCGGGCCGAGACCCUUCGUCAGGACUAACUGAAAGAAAAGAUAGUAAGAGAUUUGAAAGUAGGAGGGGGAGGGGGAGGGGGAAAUCCGAAAUGAUAUGAGAAGAUAGGAGGGGGUGGCGUGAAGCUGAGAGCUGGAAAGGUGAUUGGCAAAAGGGAUACAGAGCUGGAGAAGGGAACUUUCUCCACCAACAUUUUGAGUGUGUUACAAUUCAUUUAUGUUUAUAACCUUCUCCAACAAGAACUAGAGCACAAAUGUUUCACAUCCUUGCUGAACUGAUUGGAAAAGGAAGAUAGUCUGAAACGUAAAGUUAUGACUAACGUGCCAGCAAAGCAAACAGAGUUAAUAAAAUUGUAGUCAUAUAAUUUAGUUCUUAUGAGAAAAGCAGUAAGACAUUGUGUUCCUCUUCUUGGUUAAUGCUCAGUUUGGAAUCAUGCUGCAAUUCCAGGAACUAAUAAUUUGGUUGUCAUUUUUAUAUGCUAGUUUUAAAGGUAUCUCUGGCCUAUAACCACUGAACGUGACUUAACUGUAGUUUCCAAGGCACAUGUGUCUCUUAUUUGCCAUUCUGUUUGAGUUGCUAUGUAUCUUUUUAAUAAAUCUCGUUUUGAAUUUUUAUAAUAAUAAAAUUGUG